CCUGCCUGCCUGCCCGCCUGCUCUCUUCCUGGCUUGAAAGCCCCGGAGCUCCUGGACAGUGCCGCACUGUGCAGAGGCCUGGGAGGUGCUUCUGGCCACUUUCCUGGUGUUGCCCUCGUUCCCCAUGCCGUUUCUGCCCACCGGAGUUUUUCCCACUUGCAAGUGAACCACCCCUACCUAACCCAUGCUCCUCCCCAGGCUCAGCGGCAGGUUCCUACCCCAACAUGGCCUCACAAGCCCUGCCCCCUGGUCCCAUGCAGACCCUCAUCUUCUUGGACCUGGAAGCCACUGGCCUGCCCUUCUCCCAGCCCAAGGUCACGGAGCUGUGCCUACUGGCUGUCCAUAGAUGUGCCUUGGAGAGCAGCUCCCCCUGCCAGGGGCGACCACCUGCGGUGCCUCCCCCACCCCGUGUGAUAGACAAGCUCUCCGUGUGCGUGGCUCCGGGGAAAGCCUGUAGCCCUGCAGCCAGCAAGAUCACCGGUCUGAGCACAGCUGAGCUCGUAGCACAUGGGCGGCAGCGUUUUGACAACAACCUAGCCAACCUGCUCCUAGCCUUCCUCCAGCGUCUGCCACAGCCCUGGUGUCUCAUUGCACACAACGGUGACCGCUAUGACUUCCCCUUGCUCCGGACAGAGCUGGCUAUGCUGGGACUUGCGGGUGUUCUGGAUGGUGCCUUCUGUGUGGACAGCAUUGCCGCCCUGAAGGCGCUGGAGCAAAGCAGCAGCACCUCGGAGUGUGGCCCAAGGAGGAGCUACAGCCUGGGCAGCAUCUACACUCGCCUGUAUGGGCAGGCCCCCACAGACUCGCACAUGGCUGAGGGGGACGUCCUCACCCUGCUCAGCAUCUGCCAGUGGAGACCACAGGCCCUGCUGCAGUGGGUUGAUGCUCAUGCCAGGCCCUUCAGCACCAUGAAGCCCAUGUAUGGAGUCACUGCUUCCUCUGUGACCAACCUGAGGCCACCAGCUAUCCAAACCAUAGCAACCCUGGCCCCGACCAGGAACACUAGUCCUAGCCUAGAAAGGAAAAGACCCAAGUCUCUUCCUUCAACAAAGGUCCCUGGGACCCCAUCUCUGGAAGGGCUGGUGGCCCCACUGGGGCUGCUGGCUGUCCUGACCUUGGCAAUUGCUACACUUUAUGGACUAUUCCUGACCACACCUGGGCAGUAGACUGAGAAGAAAACUUGACAGAGAUCCCCUCAGCACUAAGUGGUAACUGCCCCACACCCUCUUUGGCACUUUGCAGCCUGGGACCAUGGGAUAGGCGACAGGCAUAGUCUUUUUCCCUCUGAGCUCCAAUAAAAGCAGGCAAAACACAGAAAUACAAAUAGUGGGUGGAACUGGGCCUGGUGCCAUAUGCCUAUAAUCCCAGCACUCAGGAGGCUGAGGCAGGAGGAUCACCAUGAGUUUAAGGCCAAUCUGGGCUACCAGUGAGGGCAGCCUGAACUACAAUCCCUAUCUCAAAG